CCACGAUCUCUGCACAUGCGCAUUAAAAAGCAUCAGUUUUUGAAGCGCGAUUUCUCCUAUAAUCUAGUAACAAUUCAAGUUUUAUGCAAUGUAGAGUGAAAAAUCAUAUAUUUAUCUUUCAAAUUAUCUAAAAAUUUCAGAUUUUAGUCAUGUAUGUAGCUAAUAGAUAACAUGAUGAAUAUUCAUAAAGUCGUACAUUUUUAUGUACCUACGCAUGCGCACUAAGUUGGCGCCAAAUCAAAAAUUUCCAAGUUUGUUUUAUAUCAUUUCUUUUUACGCUUUUAACAAUUUAGGUAAUAUUUAUCAAUUAUUUCAAACCAAAACUAUAGUAUCUAUUACAACUAUGUCUAGUCAUCAAACAUUGCGAUCUAGAAGGUCAGAGAUGGAGAGAGAAAGAAGGAAUAGACGGCGAAGUCCAUUUUCGCGGCAAAACAAUUCUGAAAAUCGAAAUGAGAGAUAUUCAAGAGAUGGAGAUCUUAGUCCUCUUAGGAGUCCAAUAGGAAACAAAAGAGAACACAAAGUAAGGAGGAGAGAUCAAGAAAACAGUUCAGAUAGCCAAGGAAGUCACAAUGAAAGGCGAGGAAAGAGUAGCGGUGACAGACGAGGAGAGAACAGGGAUAGGCAAGGAGGUCACAAUGACUGGGUAAUAGACAGGCAUGGAGAUCAAAGAGGUUACAAUGAACCAGAUAGUUCAAGCAGUCAUCGCUCUCACAGAUAUUCUGAGAAUCGGGCAGGUCCUGCAUGGCGGACAUCUUCACACAGGGAGUCACAAAGGGUACAACCCAGCGAAGACUGGGACAAAGAGCUCGAAGAAAACUUCCCUACACUACCAGACUCAAAGUCAUUGACACCGAAUCUGCAAACAAUCUGCGUAAGUUGGUUUCCUGCACGACAGACUGGGCAGCACAGGUGGAGGAAUACGAAGAAAGUACAGAACAAGUCAAGCAAGAGUUCAACAGAUACAGGCGUAGGCUCCAACUCUCUGAAUGUGAGGAACUAGAAAAGCAAGAAGUAAAAAGGGAGAAAGAGACAGAUAAGGUCCUGAUAGCAAAACGAGAGAAGCACAUUAGCUAUGGCAAGAACACGGUUGGAUACGAGAACUACGUUAAACUAGUACCAUUUGGGAUGAGAACAAGGGAUCACCCAAAGACCCCUAAUAAAUACAGGAAAUGUAGCAGGCGAUCAUGGGACACACAAAUCAAGAUAUGGCGACGUGCCCUCCAUUUCUAUGACGGUCUAACUGGCAAACGGUCUCAAUGUUCAUCAAGAGCUUCCUCAGUAUUUGGUGACUGUUCAUCAGAAGGCUCCUUAGAAACAACACAAAAGUCUUUCAUCGGGACCAGUAUGGAAUCAGGCGUUGACAUGACAACCCCUAGGAAUACACCAUGUGACUUCAACGUUGAGGAAACUGCUGACCAAAUGUCGAAAACAUUUAAAAGUCUCCUUAAGGAGGUCAGAGAUCGUACAAACACGAAGGAGAACCCAUUUUCCGGUCUAGUUCAGAUAACGAAGAGAACACAGAUGAUUGAUGGACUUUGCUGUAUCUGGUAGUAGAAAGGAUCAUUUUGAUGAUGAUGGGUUUCAUAUUGAUGACUGUCUUGCACCUGUUGUGCAGGGUAAGAACUGGACUUGUGAGGGAAUAGCUCCUGAAUAGUUCAUGAAUGUUAUCAAGUGUUAACUCUUGAUUUUGUUAUUUAAGAUAUAUAAAGUUUUAUAGACAUGAGAGCCUGAGGCUGAUAAUAGGUGGUGCUGCAAACACAGGUUUAAACGCGUGUGUUUUCUGAGUUCUAUAUGAUCUAGAAAUUCAGAUAUCUUGUAUAGUAUACUUGAAAAUUUGGAAUAUUCUCCCUGUAAGCAUCACCCAAGAAGAGUAUUCAGAAUUCAUUGUUUUAUCGACAUCAUCUUUCAAUGUCCUCUCUUAUAUCUGGAAG